UAAAAAAAACACUCAUCAUGCCGUAUAAAAAAGCCAGAGAAAGCCGAAGCCCCAGAAAAUACGAAAAUUCCCAGUGUUUCCAACGUUAUAGAGACCCACAAGAUCAUUCUCUCUACCCUUUUUCAAUCCCACCGCGGUUUUCUUCUUCCGGGAAAGAGUCCCCGAUCGACUCUUUUUCCAUCCCUUUCUCCGUAUCUCUACCUCCCAAGUCACGAGAAUUCUCUUCACGAUCAGACAAAAAAAGAAAGGCAGUGUUUAUAGGCAGGUCGAGGAAGAACAAAUUAAGGUUGCCCCCGAUCGAACAGUUAGUCCUUUCUCGGAUUAUAACGGGUUUGUGAUUUUCAACCAAGUAACCGAAGCAGUUGAAGAAGAAAACAAGAAGAAGAAAAAAAAAAAAAAAAAAAAGAGGUGGUUGUUGGUUAAGAGUUUCUUUGUUAUCGUUCCGGAGACUUGUUCCACUGCGUGUUUGUUUAUAAUCUCAGUGUUGACUUGUGGCCAAUGGGAUCUCUUCUCUUUAUUAUUUUUUCUUCCAAUCAGGUCUAGUAGAUAGCGAUUGCCCCAUUCGGUCCGCCACGGUGACGCCGUAGACUCUCGUCCAGUCCUUCUCUGUUUGCAUUUUGUUUUCUACGAACGACUUUGUCUUCCUAGAAAGUGACGGAAAUGGCGGACAAUACAAAGUUGGUUUGUGGCUUAGAAGAGAACAUUGCCGGCAGCCAGAAAAUCUCGAUUUCCGAUCAUAUAAACGGAUUUCAAUACACGACCGAUGAAUCCGAUAGCUUUGUUAUUGACAUGGAGCGCUUCUCUCGGGGCACCAAUAAAGAAAAUACUUCAAAUUCAAGAAUUACGUUGCAGAGAAGCCUUUCCCGAAAAGGGUCUCAGCGUGGUGGCGAGAAAAAGAUUACUCAAACUACAAAUACAACUGCAGCUGCUGCUAACGAAAGGGAACAUACUGUUGUUACUGCUACAUCCUCACCCAGAGGGUCUAGCACUCCUGAAAAGUUGGCGGCAACGGUGGCAGCCGGGACCAUGGAUAAUUCUAGCAGCCCACAAGUUCAUCAUCAGAUUACCAUCACCACCAGCAACAUGAUCGGCACUCCCACCGAAAGCAGAUGCAUUUCUAGGAGAAAUAGUUUCAGGCGUCCUCCAUGGGUCCUUGAUCCUAAGAAGAUUGUUUUUUUCUUUGCUACCUUGUCGAGCAUGGGAACAAUCUUAUUGAUAUACUUCACCCUUUCAAUUGGCAAACUCCAUGCAAAAGAGAAUGGUCUGGAUUGGUAGCACUGUUGGUUGGCAUUUUCCUCGAGAGACAUGAGAAUCUGAUCAGCCAAAUCAGGACAGAAACAGAUCUGGAAGAAUGAAAUUAGUCAGUUCGUGGUGGGGAUCCAUUUUGAAAAUUUGGAGGUAUGGGGUUCUUUUCGAUGGCCUUCUGAGACAAAAUGCAGGACAUGUGUAAAGAACAAAACAAACUCCAAAAGUUAUCAACCAGAAACUUACACGGCCCCAUCACAGAUGAUAAUUCAAGUUUUUCUCCGGGUGAUAAAGGAAUUUACCGAUGAAGACAAUAACAGAUUGCAUCGUGACAAUAAAAAAAAAAAAAAAAAAAAAAAAAUCUUCUAACAUGAAUGGCAGAGAUCAAUCAGACGAGCUUUUAUUUUUUAUUUUUUUAAACUUGCUUGUAUUUGCUGUCUUUGCAUAGCUUAAUGGAGGAUCAGAAAGUUACUUUU